GGGGCCAAUGGGUUUCAAUGGUCUGCAUGAUCGAGUCAUCAAUUCCCCCAACACUCAAAUCCAGGCACAUCAAUGGCUCCUUAAUGUCAUUCAAGGCCACUGAAUACAAUGCCUCGAUUGAUUUCUAUUGGGCACCGAUGUUGGUGGAGUCCAAUUCUGAUAAUGCGGCUAGCCAUCGAUUACCAGAACGAACUGUUAGAGUCCAGGCAAUUGAAAAGCAUGCGAGGCACUGGACUAAUGCAGAUAUUCUCGUCUUUGAUUCAUAUGUUUGGUGGAGAAGGCCCAAGUUGAAAGUUCUGUGGGGAUCAUUUGAAAACCCUGAUGAUGGAAUCUAUAAAGAUGUAGACAUGGUUCGAAGUUAUGAGAUGGCUCUGAAAACAUGGUCAGAUUGGUUGGAUAUCCAUGUUGACCGAAACAAGACUGAAUUGUUUUUCAUGAGCAUGUCCCCAACUCAUCUAUGGGGCGAAGAAUGGGGCACGGAGAAAGGUCAAAGUUGCUUCAAUGAAACUGAUCUAAUCUCAAAAGAGGGAUAUUGGGGAAGCGGAUCUGAUUUGAGAAUGAUGAAAAAAGUAGUGGAUUCAAUUAGUGAAUUGGAAACAAGAGGUUUGAAGGUCCAGUUGCUUAAUGUAACGCAAUUAUCAGAGUACCGAAAAGAAGCUCAUCCAUCGAUCUACAGAAGGCAAUGGGUGCCUUUAACUGAAAAGCAACUAGCCAACCCCAGGAGUUAUUCAGAUUGUACACAUUGGUGCCUUCCUGGAGUGCCCGACGUUUGGAAUGAGAUCCUCUAUGCCUACAUUUUUGGUUUACAAUAAACCCAAAACUAGUUCUGUUCUUUAUGAUUCAUGUAAGCAUGUGCAGUUUUUUUUUUCACAAGAA